AUGUCUUUCACACUAGACAAGUGUGAGGAGAAUAUGGUGUUCACUUUUGAGUCUCAGAAGUCAGUGCCAGCACCCUUCUUGACAAAGACAUACCAACUUGUUGAUGACCCCAGAACUGACCACAUUGUGUCUUGGGGUGAAGAUGAAACUACAUUUGUUGUGUGGAGGCCACCAGAGUUUGCCAGAGAUCUUCUUCCCAACUAUUUCAAACAUAACAACUUCUCAAGCUUUGUUAGGCAACUCAACACCUAUGGUUUCAAGAAGGUAGUUGCCGAUAGGUGGGAAUUUGCAAAUGAGUACUUCAGAAAAGGAGCUAAGAACCUAUUAUGUGAAAUCCACAGGAGAAGAACCUCUCAGCAACAUAACCAACUCUACCAUGAUCAACCACCAUCACAGAUUCCUCAUCAAGAUGAAAGUUUCUGUUGGCUUGACACUCCAUUACCAUCUCCAAAACAAAGCACAGAUAUUCUUACUGCACUUUCUGAAGACAACCAAAGACUAAGGAGAAAGAACUUUAUGCUCUUAUCUGAACUCAGUCACAUGAAGAGUUUGUACAAUGACAUUAUAUAUUUCAUCCAAAACCAUGUAAAACCAGCAUCCUUUGAACAAAGAAGCAUCUGUGCUAUUCCAAAACUGGUGGAAUUGGAUUCAUUGCCUGAAUCACAAAAUGACAUUGGGUUACUCAGAACUGUCAAAAGUAGUAUUAUUGAUAAGUCUUUGAUAACUUCUGAGGAAUCAAACAAUUUUGUGAAGCUUUUUGGGGUCCCUCUAAGUGGCAAAAAGAGGUUGCACCCAGAUAGCAUUAAUUGA